AUGGAUGGGUGGUUCGAUUCUUUAAUCUUAACCUGCGGCGUGUCAGUUUUACAUCCUGUGGAUUUGAGGACACAUUCAGCAGCAGUCGUCGGCUCAGAAGUGUUGAAUAUGCUGAAACUACUUCUAAUCACUUUGACUUUUUAUGAAUUCAUUGUUCAUGUGGAUGCCUUCACCUGCCCAAAAGGUCAAAGAGUCGCAAAAGAUGGCAAGAGCUGUGACAGCUGCCAAGAUACGACUUACCAGCCGGAAGAAAAUCGUUCCCAGCGGUGCAAAGCAUGCGGAAAUUGUGAUGCAGUCUCUGGGAGUGUUGUUAAAGAGAAGUGCACGAAAACGACAAACACAAAAUGUCAGUGCCGUGGAGAAUUUGUUCCCUACGACCCUGAUUCUUCCACUUGCAAAUGUGACAUUGGUUUUGGACUACAGGACAAAGUGUGUUCAAAAUGUGAAGAUGGAUAUUUCAGCACAAAUAUCAACUCGCCCUGUAUAAAAUGGAAAGAAUGUAAAUCGGGAGUGAAUAUUAACGGCACCAACAAGUCAGAUGUCGUCUGUAAUGAUGAGUCAAAGAGUAACACUUAUGUCACUACACCUCUCACGACAAGCAAAACAGUUUCUCUAAUGACACGCUUAACAUCCAAACGUCCACAUGAGGGGGCCAAGAUUCAGAAGAUGCGGACCACCACAACCACCACAACAUCUGCUCCAAGACACCCUGUCACUACAGAGGACAAAAUUCAGCCUUCAAACACAGGCAACUACAUUGGUUCAGGUAUGGCCCUCCUCAUAGUUGGAAUAGCUAUACUGCUGAUACUGACCUUGGUGACCUGCAAGCUGCACAUUAUUCCUUGCAUGGAGAAACAACCAGCAGUAAAAAAAAAUGAGUCGUGUCGGAGGCCAGUGGAAGAAAGCGGUGAUGACAGUCUGUCCUCUCUCAAACUGAAUCCAGGGGAGCCUUGAGGUGAAACUUUAAACUCUGUCAACUUGUGCUGUGAAUUUUAAGAUCAGAUAAUCAUCAUAUGUAUAAUUACGCACUGAUCAUGUUUUCCUUACAUUGUUCAUUUUACACGAGAAAAUACAUCAGACCAACUUUUUACUCUAUCUGUAGCAGAUGUAUUCAAGAUUAAUAUCUAGUUGUCAAUAUUUGACUGGGUGGUAAUAGAAUAUCGGGUGAAUCAUAAGAAAGUGUGUAUGUAUCAUAUCUCACAUUUCAUGUCAUUUAAAGUAGUUAAAUGUAGUUUGUAAUACUGUUUAUUUUUCUCUUUAGAAACAUAAUUUAAUCAGUAAUUCACUUUCUAUGUAACCUUAAUAUUUAUUACAAACUUCGAUAUACAUAGUUUUGUAACAACCUCAGGGGUCAUGCCACUAAAUGUCUUUGUAGUAUUUUCAAACAUUCUUUGCUUUUUGUUAACAUUGAGAUCUUCUAUAAUGUGAAAUGGUUUAAUGGGGCAAGGACACAUUUCUGAGAAAUAUACAGCAUGGAAUAUAUAUUAUAGUGAAGGUAGUAACAAUAAAUACCAUUGAGUCAAAUUAUUAUGAACUGUUGGAGAGCCAUAGAAAAAAGUGUUUUUCUCUAUUUUUAUGUCUGUUUUGUUUAUUCAACUCUGUUCCGCUAGUAGCAGGUCUGUCUGGCUAAGAACAGUAAAAAAAA